AUGUCAGUUCUACGAGCAAUUGCAGUGUUUCUAUGUGGUUUCUUUUCACUGAGGCUAUGCAGAGCGCAGAUCAUAAUGCCCGGCUCUUGUCCCGAUAUGAAGGCUAUGGACAACUUCGAUGCUACUCGAUAUACGGGGAGAUGGUAUGAAGCUGAAAAAUAUUUCUUCCUAUUCGAGUUUGGAGGCAAAUGCAUCACUGCUGACUACACGCUGAGAGAGAAUGGAGUCGUUGGAGUUCUAAACAGGCAGAUUAAUAUUCUAUCGGGAACUCAGACGGAAAUCAAAGGCCAAGCAACUCAAGUGAGCAGAUCAGAUGAUGCUAAGCUGGCAGUAUCCUUCCCAUCUUUACCGGUCAACGUUGAGGCUCCCUACUGGGUCAUCGAUACUGACUACAAGUCGUAUGCUGUAGUAUGGAGCUGUUACGAAUUUGGACUGUUCCAUACUUUGAACGCCUGGAUCUUGACGAGAGAAAGGAACCCACCAGUGGAAGUAAUGGAGAAAGCGUAUGCAGUACUGGACAAGAACCACAUCAGCCGAGCGUACCUCAUUAGGACGAACCAGCGUGACUGUACAGAAGACAGCUAA